AUGACACGCCACGCUAAAGCCCACGAGGGUGUAAAAUUUCUGUGCGCACUAUGUCCAAAAAUGUUUUCACGUAAAGACAAGUGGGCUACCCACGUUAAAAUUGUUCACCACGAAGGAAGAGUCACCGCACCAGCUUUCACCUCUCAGGCCGGACCGUCAACCGCCCCGCAGAAUACUGUAGCCCCGAAACCUGUCGCCAGCCCAUCGAAAACACAAUGGACAACAGACGAGGAGGACGAUAAACUUUUUAUGGACUUUGAUAUGGACAUUGACAACAGUAAGUUUUUUUUAUUUUACCCCGCCACAUAA